CACACGCAGACAAGGACAUGAAAUGACGUGUGUAGUUAGAUAGACGUUGAGUAGUUGUUGGAAAUUACAGCUUGGCGUCACAGGUUGCGCGCCUCUUCGUGAAUUGCAAAAUUUGAGAUGAAGACAGAGAGAAGAACUUGCGCUUCCAGUAGUCUCUGAGCAACAGAUGUGUGGGCUUGCUUGCUUUGAGAUUGCAAAAAAGAAGACUAUUUCAAAGCUGAUGUAGGAGCUGGACAAAAAUACGUUACUUGAUUUAAGAACCGAAGGAUGGGCACCAAUGUUGAGUGCUGUGGUGUCCUGUAGGGUCAUGCUGAUGGACCAGGACACUCAGUGGCUGUACCACCUCCUGGCCGAGGUCCAGUUGGAGAGGUUCUACCUGCGUGUCCGGGACGGACUCAACAUCACACGCAUAGAGCACUUCGACUAUGUCAAGGAGUCUGACCUCGAGCAGAUCGGCAUCAGCAAACCAGGACAGAGAAGAUUAUGGGAUGCUGUGAAACGGUACAAGAUCACCAUGAGACCAAAGUCAUGGAUCACCAAGGUCUUCAGUGGCCGUGGUCCGGAGGGCGGUGACCAAUGGGGCAGUAUGGGGCAGGGCCAGGAAACAGGAGGGCGGGCACUCACCUGUCUGAUCCAGGACAGUGAACUAUCUCUAGGGGAGAAGCUGGGCAUGGGCUCCUUCGGUGUGGUGAAGAGGGGAGAGUGGCAGACCCCCACUGGGAGAGUGCUGCCAGUGGCGGUGAAGACUCUGAGGAGUAGCCUGUCCAGACAGACGGACACGCUGACAGACUUCCUCCAGGAGGUGACCACCAUGCAGUCUCUAGACCACCCAAACAUCAUCCGCCUCUACGGAGUGGUGCUCACACAGCCCCUUAAGAUGGUGACAGAGGUGGCAUGUCUGGGAUCCCUGUAUGACACGCUGCGCUCUCGUCAGUACGAGUACCCCCUGGCGCGCCUCUGGCUCUUCGCCACCCAGAUAGCAAUGGGCAUGGAGUACCUGGAGAGUCGCAGGUUCAUUCACAGGGAUCUGGCUGCCCGGAACGUUCUGCUGGCAUCCAGGGAGAUGGUGAAGAUCGGGGACUUUGGGCUGAUGAGGGGCCUGAGUCAGGAGAAGGACCACUACAUUAUGACAGCCCACAGACGCAUCCCCUUUGCCUGGUGUGCCCCAGAGAGUCUGCGUUUGGGCUCCUUCACCCAUUCCUCUGACGUGUGGAUGUUUGGGGUCCUCCUCUGGGAGAUGUUCACCUAUUGUGAGGAGCCUUGGCUGGGGCUAUCUGGCAGACAGAUCCUGUGGAGGGUGGAGCGGGAGGGAGAGCGUAUGGAGAGACCCCCUGACUGUCCUCAGGAACUCUACUCUGUCAUGAGGAAGUGUUGGGCCUGCACCCCAUCCGACCGACCCACUUUCUCCCAGCUCACCACUCUGGUGGCAGAGGCUCAGCCUAUAGAGGUGCGUGCUGUGAGGGACUUUGCGGAACCUAGGAAACUCACUCUGCUAUCCAACGACCUAGUGACCGUCAUAGACCAUGGUCUGGAGCUGUGUGAGUGGAAGGGUCAGAACCAGAGGACCCUGAUGGUGGGCUGGUUCCCCCCGAGCCUGGCUGCCCCCAGCAGCACUCCUACUCCUCCCGCUGCCCCUGGUCCUCCUGCCUCCAGCCUCAUCUCUCCCCCUCUGAAGGGCAGUCUGCAGCACACAGGGCAUGGAGACACCCACCCCGACCGUAGCUGGGGCACCCCGGAGCGCCUCGAUGAGAGCGUAAACUGGAGGAGCAGCCCAGCAAACAGAGGUCGAGAGGAAGAGGGCUCCAACUUACAGAAAAUGUCAGGUAUGACCAGGAGUCUGGAGUCUGUCCUGAGCGAUCCCCAGAGCUGGACUCAGACGGUAGUAGGGGUCAGGGUGGACCCCCGUCGUGGACCCAUCCCCGCCAUGGUGGGGAUGCAGCAGGACAUCCGUAGGUUCAGCGACGCCAGCAUCACCCCCCCCGGCUCGCCCCCCCCACCCAACCCCAAAAACUUCAAGAUCCACCAGGUGGUGAGCCGAGAUCAGAGGCCUACUGCAAAUCCAGCCCCAGGCACCUCAUGGCCUCCACAGCCUCCAGCACAUCCACAGCAGCAGAUGCUACAGCCAGCCCAGCCUCAGCCCCAACCACCGCAGACCAUGGGAGGAAGCAAUCUGGGCAAGAUGGCCCACAUGGCACGGUCAACACCAGCACUGGAUAACAUUGGGGACAAGGAGAGGGAUCAAGAAAAGGAGAGGGUGGCGAGGGAACGAGAGAGGGAGAGGUACCCGCCUCAAGUGCAACGCACUAGGGAAGCCGUCAUAGCACAGGUCAUGGAGGCGGUGCAUGGAGUAACCAAUGAGGAGGUUCGUAACGCACUUCGCCGCAAUGAGUGGAACCCUGUAAGGGCCCAGCAACAACUCAAGAUGGAGCAGCUGUACUCUCUGAGCCUGUGUUCUCGUGAUGACUGCGUCAUGAUCCUGUCCCGCUACCAGUGGAAUCUACAGCAGGCCAGUCGCUACCUGAUCAGAAUGGUACGGGAGGACAGGACUGGAGGAGGAGAGAGGAAGAGGAAGGAUGGAGAGAGAGGGACACCCCCUGCUGCCAUGGAGAGACGGGGAGGAGUAUGAGAGCUGGAGGGAUGCUGGAAACAACGGACAAUAAAGCUUUACAACAUUUAAGAGGAACUGACAAGGAAUUUUAGGAAUUAAAUAGAUGGGAGGAGGAUAAAAAAGGAAUUGAAUAUAUAUGGAGUGAACCAUAAAGAUGUUAGUCUUUCAAUUCUAUUUUUAUCCUUUUUUACAGUUCUGUAAACUAUUUUUUUGUGACAAACUGCCACAUCCUCUCUGUUCUCAAAAAUAGUUGUAUCAUGAUGAAUUUGUAUAUAUUGUGUUAGCAUUGAUUUUAUAUUUGUUGAGUAAAUUGUUGAUACAAAAUGUGCAUGAGCUAGUGGUGUACAUGUGGCUCAUGCCCCUCAAUUUUACACCAAGUCAUUAGAGCUGGGAUGUCGUAGAAUCAAGAGGAUACACAGUGUGAUGUCAUUUCCUUUCACAGGAAGUGUUUGGCAUUUCUCACCUUGACUUCCUAAUUGACCUCUGGUUGUGAGCUUCUCAUUAUGCUGUCUAUAAAACGACAGCAGGAGCUGGUUACAUGGGGCUGGAGAAUCCAGCACUACUAUGGAGGGAGAUGGCCUUAUGUUAACCUGUACUUCAGCAUGCUUCCAGCAAGGGGGAGUAAUGAGAACACCUCCCUUAUGUUGUGAAUCUGCCUUACUCCUUUCAGGCCCCCCUGGCACUUUGCCACUACUAUUUUGUGUUUGAGGUUUGAACCGUCAACCUAGUGACCAGGACCUCUUUAAAAUCAAGCACGAAUCUGUGUAAUUGAGAUUGACAUCACAAUAAAUGAAUUGAUUAUGCUUUGAAACCACAAGACAAUUUCCCAUUGAGCCGAAAUAUGUAACCGUGAAUGCAGGAAAAUAGAUAAAAUACCCUUUUUUUUAAAGCCUAUAACCUAUCGGAUUGACUCUCAGCCUAAAAUAUAGACCACUGCACAUGUAUCAACCAUUGUAUUUCAUAUUAGAACUUGGGGUGUCACGUUCACAGAUGAAUGCCGACACAAAGUGUUUGAACCCAGGUCUGUUUGGGAUCGGGGCAUCUGUCUCUCGCUCUCUCCUGUAUUCCUAGUGUAAUUUAUUUGUUCAUGGGGUGAGUAUGAAGUUGACUCUCUAUGCCAGGGUUAGGCAACCCUGGUCCUGGAGUGCUGCAGCAGUUCAUCUAUUUGUUAUAACUGACAUGGAAGACCAGGUGUGUUGAAUUUAGGCAAUCACUGAACUGAUCAAUUAAUUAGUUCAGUGUGGUGCCUACUGUACAUGUAAUUAUGACAAUCCUGCUGUACCUGCAGCACUCCAGGAACAAGGUUUCCUACCCUGCAUUAUGCAUUAUUUGGGGAAAGUGUUUUGUAUUAGGUCAAACAAUUAUUCUUUGUGGUAAAUAGAGCAGUUUUGGAUCUGUAGUUUUACACUAGCGCCGAGAUUCAGUAUGUCAGAAGUUCUAGGCACUGCAGCUUUUGUGGUGGAUUGAGAUGCAGCCCAUGCAACAACAAAAAACAUCUAGCUUUAAAGGCAAUUGCUGACUGAGCCAACAUAUGCAGUGUUUACCGGGAAUAGGAUUUGCCUUUCAAAAAGGCAAUGUCAAAACCUGCGAUUGGAUUGAAUCCUGGCCUAGGUUUUGUGAGUGCCAGAGACAGCUAGGCCACUGAGGGUGGGGUGGAGAGCAGUGUUUAUGAAGCCAUGUUAAAUAAAUGACAUGUGUUACUAAGUGGAAAAAUGUAUCCUGCCUUACAGGCUUUUCUUCUCUCUUUCACCAGUCUCCGCCCAACAUUUUUUAAAGUCAUGGGCCCAAUUCCAUUAUUUCCCCUAGUCUUCUUCCCUAGCUCCUACGUUGCUAUCUGUAAUUAUGUUUGAUGUUAUUGCACACUUUUACAUCUAAGGUGUUUGGUGCAGUAUUUCGGAAGUAAAAUAUGCAAAGUGUUGUCUUAAAGUCGGAGCUGCUGGGCAGGUCUGUCUCACUGUCUAUGCUAUUGGAUAGAGGGCAAUCACCACAGCUGUUCACCCCAUGUUAGUGGGCAAAUGGACAUCAUCAAAUCAAAUUCCAACCCAUUUAGCCGUUGUGAUGUACGGAUGUUCCCAACUCAAUUUUAGACGAGACUGACUUUAUGACCAAAAUAAUCCUAUUUACACUUUGUAGUCAAUUUUGGCACUAGAAUAACUGAUUCAUAUGGAUGCUGUUUUCAAAGGUAUUCCUUGCUUCUUAAAGGCAGUCACUCUUAAAAGUAGUCCAUUUAGUUCUGUGUCAAUUUUAAAGCUACAAACAGAUGUGCAACUUGUAUGAAGGCACUGGCUGGCUCAUGGCUUGGAUCCCUGCCUUGCAAAACCAAGAGGUUUUGGGUUCUGUCGAUGUCUCACACAUGAAAAUAAGUACAAUUUAUGUGGAGGCAGUAGCUCUGGGGUUUGGUCCCUCCCUUGUAACCCAAAGGUUUUUGGUUCAAUCUCAUCUCUUCUGCAACUGUUGAUGUCAAACAUAGAAAUGUCAAAUAAAAAAUGUUAAGGAGUCUGUAGCUCCCAUCCAAGAG